GUUCAUCGCCGUUCGAGUGAUUCAGUGUAGUUCAGAUAAACAGCUGCUGAUUGCUUGCUGCGUGCACGUGUUUUGCAACGGAACAAAUUUCUCGAGAUCUUUGUGGUUGGAAGACGCGUUGUUAUCUACGUCAGCGUAUAUAUUUCGACGUCGUAAUGCGUAUAUCUUCAUCAACUGCCAACAGUUAGAUGAACGCGGAGCGCCAAGCGAGAGAGUCAGGGAGAACCGAGAGAUCGUCGUCUGACAGACGGAAAUGGCAGCGGAGGUCGACGGCGAGCAGUCGCAUCCGCAAUACAUCAAAUUGCCGCCCACCGUCGAGGUUUUCGCCAAUCUGAGAAACGCACAAACGUUCGCGAUCGACAUCGGUCUGUCGUUGACUAAAAUUGCGUAUUAUUCCACAAUAAGCUAUCGCAAGGCACUUUAUGAGAAUGCAGGCUUGGGAAAUAACGGCGAGCGAGCGUACAAAGUAUUUGAGGGUAAUAGGCUACAUUUUGUUAAGUUUGAAACGAGAUAUAUCGAGAACUGCUUAGAUUUUGUCAAGGAGAAUUUAGUAGAUGUUGAGCGGUUUCAUGGCAAAAGUAUUAAAGUAACCGGAGGGGGAGCGUUUAAAUAUACUCCAUUGCUGCAGGAAAAAUUAGGAUUAUUAGUCGACAAAAAAGAUGAGAUUGAUUGUCUCAUAAAAGGUUGCAACUUUUUACUGAAAAACAUACCUUGUGAAGCCUUUGAAUAUGAGCGACACGCAAAUCCAGAGUAUAACUUUCAAAAAGCUAGUCCUAAUAUAUUUCCAUAUCUGCUAGUUAACAUUGGCAGUGGCGUCAGUAUUCUUAAGGUUGAGUCAGAUGAGAUAUUUGAAAGAGUUGGAGGUACAGCUACAGGAGGAGGUACAUUUUGGGGAUUAGGUUCUUUGCUUACAAAGAGAAAGGGCUUUGACGAAUUGCUGCAACUUGCAGAACGAGGAGAUCAUCGUAAUGUAGAUAUAUUAGUGAAAGAUAUUUAUGGAGGCGAUUAUUCCUCCCAAGGUUUACCUGGAGACCUUAUUGCAUCAUCCUUUGGCAAGGCAAUGUCCUGUGGACCACCGAAAUUUUCCGAAGCUGACCUUGCGAGGAGUUUGUUGUUUACCAUUAGCAAUGAUAUUGGCCAAAUAGCUAGUCUGUACGCUACCGUGUACAGUAUGGAUAAAGUUUAUUUCGGUGGUUAUUUCCUCCGUAACCAUCCACUUUCAAUGCAUACCAUCUCAUACUCCAUCAAAUAUUGGUCUCAUGGUAAGGUAAAGCCUCUCUUUCUUCGCCAUGAAGGUUACCUUGGCGCAAUUGGAGCAUUUUUGUAUGGCACUGAACAAUCAGAUAAGUGCAGCUGGUUGGAAAACUAUGCUGGAUCGUCGGGUUUUAAGGAUUCUGUAUCGACUGACCUCGGAAUUAAGGUUGAUCAAUUGGAAAUUGAUCAAGCAGAGAAUGCUGUUACAUUUUGUCCUCUGUUAAAAGAUCCUGCAACUUACAACCCUGAUACCACAGAUCUUGCUCAAGAUAAAGAGGCUAGGGAUUACUGGCUGCAAUGUUUUGAAGAAUCUGUAGAUAAAUUUGUAGCAAGAGCUAUUCAUAGUCAACCACACAGUCCAACAGCAAAAGAUAGAGCAUUAAAACUUAAAGAGAAAUAUAUUAACAGGUUACAUUAUCUGCAUGCACAACCAUUUGCAUAUGGGACACUUACUGUUAGAAUAUUACUGGAUACUAUUGAACAUUGCAUGAAAGAGUUUGACUUUCCAGAUCCAUAUUUACAUCAAAAGAAAAAAGAAAAUGAAGAAGCAUUAAGACAUCUACAUGAUCGCAUUACGACUCUAGAUGAGUUAGAAGGUGCAGAAAAGAUAAAAGCUUUAAUUGUGGGCGUUCUCAGUGGUAAUAUAUUUGAUUGGGGUGCAAAGGAUGUUGCACAACUGUUGGAAACUACUGACUUUGGUUUUGAACAAGCUCAAGCAAAAAUUCCAGAUAGACCAUGGCUACAGGAUAAUUUAGAUGGUUGGAUACACAGGUUACAAAACGGACCACCUCACAAAUGCGCAGCUAUUUUUGUUGACAACAGUGGUGUAGAUAUAGUUCUCGGAAUAUUGCCGUUCACGCGUGAUCUGUUACAACGAGGAACUAAAGUAAUAUUAUGUGCUAAUUCAAUGCCGGCAUUGAACGAUGUGACAUAUCCCGAAUUGGUCGUAACACUACGAGACGCUGCAAAAAUUUGUGACGUUAUCAAACAUGCUCUGGAAAAUAAUACACUUAUUGCUAUGGAAACUGCGCAAGCAGGUCCUUGCUUGGAUUUAAGUCGUCUAAAUUUGGAUCUGUGUCUUGCGAUGGUGAAGCACAAUGUGGAUCUUAUAGUCAUCGAGGGAAUGGGUAGAACUUUGCAUACGAAUCUUCAUGCCAAAAUGAAAUGCGAAUGCCUGAAAUUAGCAGUUAUUAAAAACCGGUGGUUAGCUCUUCGCCUAGGUGGCGAUAUGUAUGCUGUGAUAUGCAAAUACGAGGAACCAUUACCGAAAAUGAACAUUAGCGAUAUUGAAGUAAAACCAGAGACAUUGAAGAAGGAAUGUCCAGCGGAAUGUACAAGACAGGCAACAGAGCUUUGCGUACGCGACGGUUCUAACUAAAUAAGCAGCAAAACAUUGAUAUAAAAUUAUUUGUAUAAAGACCAGAGUAAUUAAAUAUAUAACACAUUGCCUUCCUAAAACUAAAAUUAAUGAUAAAGUCAUGUGCACAUACGCUUAAAUUAUAGAAAUAUAAUUACUGCUAUUAAGGCUCUACUGAUAUUAAGGAAAAACAUAGAGAUUGAAUAUAUAUGAUUCAUCAGAUAAUCAUAUACUUGAUAAGCAUAAGGUUUAGUAAAAUCAUUAAAUUUCCAUCCAUCGAGAUCUAUUUUUAUUAAUAUGAACACACCAUAUAUUUUCAAUCAUAGCGUAUUUUACUGUAUUGCUAAUAUGUAGUUAUUCAUAUGUUACGUUACAUUACGUUACGUUUAUUACUAUUUUCAGAAAAUUCUAAUAUAAUCUCCCAAAUUUUAAUUUCCUUAAUUUGUAUGCAUUGUUUAAGUAAAUUUUUAUAAAUCACACUUAUUAAUUACAUACGAGACAAAAGUGUCAUUUUUGUGUUUUACUGUUGAGGUAUCUAUACAUGUGUUAAAUAUCGACGAAAUUUCUGGGAUCAAUCAAAAUCUUUUAUAUUUCUAUAAAGUUAUAUUCAAUACACUGAUAAAUGGUUUUAUCAUCCCAUGAAUCUUGUUACUCGCGUGUCAAUAAUACAUUUGUAAUAUAAUAGAUUUCGAACAUUCAUUAUUUCUCUCAUAUACAUUCACCGCAUCUAUUCCAUUAUUUUAGUAUAAAAAUUGCCACAGGUUAUCAUAUUAUUUUACAUAAACAAGUACGCGUCCGAACCCAGUACUGAUAUAAGAGAAUAAAAUACGAUCGUUAACAAUUGACUAAUGACAAUAAAAAAAAGAAAUGUUAACGUUCGGUAAAUAAUAUAAUUUGCAAUUGCUGUUAUUGUUAGAAAAAGCAACUUAUCACGAGUUGUAGGGAAAAUUUGUGAAGUAUUGUGUACGAUACGUUUUCUGUGAUAUUACUAUAUACAAUACACAGCAGAAAUACCGCAAAUACCGUAAACUAGAGGGAAGAGGGAGAUCGUAAUCCGAGGUUAUAUAUAAUAUCUAAUUAAUAAUAUAAAUCGACACAUGAUACAUUUCAACCGCAACGAAGCACUACGGUCGAAAUUCGUCAUCACGAGGAAAACAGAAACUAGAAGAAAAUUGUAUAUUUUUAUCUUAUUCGAUAAUAAAAGGACAACGAGAAAACAAAAGAGAAACAUUAGUUGACUUAAAUAUAUAUUUACCAAAGGGAAGAAAGGAAGCGUGGCAAAAAGAGCAGAAGAAGAAAGUGGAAAUCCGGCACAUGGCGCCAUUCGAUAGCUUUCACUUUAACCUGAAGCUUUAUGCGCGUGAUCGGAAAGUAAGGGAAGCGCCGAGGUAGGGGAGAAGAGUUGGGAACUGCAGCGGAUCGGGUGAUAGAGGAACGAAGGGAAAAGGAUGCUGUGCAUGCUGGACACGCUCCACGUCCAUUUCUUUCAACCACGUUCUACGCAGUGUCCAAGUCGGAGCUUUAUUAAAUUCCCGUUGUGCGAUAUUGUCCAGUCUGGAGAAGCAGACUGGUGCGCACAAGCUGGCUCAAACAAUUAUCUCCCAAUUUGUGCCAGUGCGAUAAUCGAUAUCUCCUCAGAUAUCUCUAUGAUGUCUGUAUAUACUGCGUUAUCAAUCUUACGUAAUUAAUCUGUCUUAUUAGGGGUAUCCAUAAGUAAUAAAGUAUUUGAUCGUAUUCUUAUCAGUCCUUACACUUAAGCUGUGUACUAUAUAAACAAUAUUUUAUCAGUGUGCUAUUUGUGUAAAGUAUUCGACUUCU